AUGGACGAUCUUGUCGAUUUGAGCUGGUCUGCGCCCAGUCAAGGUCAAGGGAAGCCUACGCAACAACGACAGCAGCAGCAGCAGCAGCAGCAGCAGUUUCCGACAAGCUCCACAGCCCCAACCUUCCCGUCAUUACGACCGACCCCGUCCCCCUUUACAUCCGGCCGGAACACCCCGCUAUCAACCCAAGGCUCCGGUAGUGUUGGGCCUAAGUCUCCGCCAGCGGCAGCUAAGCCAGCUGGGCAGGACAGUUUCGGGAACCUGCUCAACUUUGGCGCCGGGAAGAGCGGCGCGAACCUAAGUCUACGCGAGCGACAGGAUCAGUUGGAAGCAGAAAAGAGGAGGAAGGAGGAAGAGAAGCGGAAGCAGGCACAAGCACACUAUGGCGAUGGGCGGUUCUUCGAUUCGCUAGGGCAAACUGCGUCCGGGUCCAGUUCGCUGAGGUCUCCUCCCCCCCCACAGGCACAGAGACUGAGCCCGGGGAUACCACAGCAACAGGCACGACCGGGGAAAGCGGUGGCGGAAUCGGACGAUGACUUGUUUGCUGCGUUCAAUGCCAGCACGCAGGUGGACAAUUCAAGCCACUUCCCACCUCCCGCGCCCUCGAAUAACCCCUCUCCCGCUCCUCAGGCGCCCUCGUUGGAUCUCGCGAACCCACAAGCCUGGAACAAACCUGCGGCCUCAAGUGGGGGGAAUUUUGGUGACGAUGAUGACGACGAUCCGUUUGGGCUCAACCAGCUCAAGCCAAGUACCCGUGCUGCACCUCCACCAGCUGCUCCCGUCAACGAGGAAGAUGACGACUUUCUGGGCGAUCUGGGUAAGCCGGUUGACCAAGUCAGGAAAAAGGCUGCCCCCGUAGCACCGACCUUUGCGCGGGAACCCGAGCCUGGGAAGCCAAUUGAGGACGACUCGUCGUCGGAUUCGGAACCGGAGCGGCCCACGGCCUCGGACGAUCCCUUCGACAGAGCUGUUGCCCAGCUCGUGGACUACGGUUUCACUCCUGAAAAUGCGAGGAGGGGCCUCACGGAGAGUGGUGGAGGGUUGAAUGUCCAGGCCGCAGUCAAUUGGCUACUUGACGACGCCCAUAGGCAAGCUAAGGAGAAGAAAGCAGGCGGCCAGGGCGGCGGUUCGAGGGAGCGGCCGAGGGAUAAUGAGCGAGCUCCGAGCCAGUCUAGGAGCGGGACUCCGUCUUGGAUGAGGGAAGGGCCUCCCGGAGAUGGUACUCGGAGUAGAGAUAGUCGGUCACCAGGGAGCGCGGAAGGCGAUUUUGCCAAGACGGCUGCUGCGGUGGGUUCAAGUUUUCUCAAGUCGGCCAACAGCUUGUGGAAGACGGGCCAGAAGCGCGUGCAGAAAGCUGUGGCGGAAUUCCAGCAAGAUGGAGACCCGAACCAGCCAAAGUGGAUGCGCGACGCUCAAGAACAGCGUAGUGGUGGAGGGGGGUCAGCGAGGCAGGUACCGGAUGUCACGGAUGAGGCAUUGAUGCUUGAGUCUGGGGGACGGCCAGAACCUCGGCCUGAGAGGCUUGCGCCUCGGCGGCAGGAUCCCGUUGAGACCCGGUCUCGCGAACGCUCGCCGGCUCUGCCUGUUCGUCCUGGGCCAGAGAACCAAGUACCAAAGUGGCAACAGUCUGCGCGGUCAACCCCUGACCCGCGCGCCCGACUUGGUAGGCAAGCAGUGGAGGAGGAGAGUUUCCAGGCGUACGUUAGUCCCGCGCGCAGGAAGAAGACUACCCCCCAGCCCCCGCCCGAGAAGACUGCAGAGGCCGAACCAGAUCUGCUGUUUGGAAAUUCUGCGCCGGCCGCUCGGCCUCCGCUGCAGACCCGGUCGCCGCAACCAUCAUCCAACUCACCUGCUCCACGACCCGCAGCUCGGCCGUCUCCGGCCCCGAGACCUGCCGUUCCACCGCGCCAGAUCCCAAGUGUUUCUCCCAUUGCGCUACAAAACUCCACAAAGUGCCGCCUAGAAGGCACCGCACACUUCAAACGCGGCGACUACGCCUCAGCCCACUCAUCAUACACUUCCGCCAUGACGGCCAUCCCAUCAGACCACCCCCUAACCAUCCUCCUCCUCUCCAACCGGGCCCUAACCGCCCUCAAGACCGGCGAACCCCGUCAAGCCGUCGACGACGCCGACGCUGCCAUACGCCUAAUCGGCCCCGGCAAGGGCGAAGGCGAGCACGUCGAGCUGCAAGCGAGCGGAAGCAGCGGCGGGGCUCCAGAGAAGCGCGACAUGCGCGACCUCUACGGCAAAGCGCUCAGCCGCAAGGCCGAGGCGCUCGAGCAGAUGGAGAAGUGGGCCGACGCCGGCGCGGUUUGGCAGCUUUGUGUUGAAGCCGGCCUGGGUGGAGCGACGGCCACAGCGGGCAGACAACGCUGUCAGAAGGCUCUCGCGCCGAAACCACCAGCAGCGGCACCGAAGAAACAAGCCACGCCAACGUCCCAGCGAUCCACACCCUCGCGCCCAGCCCCGCGCCCGGCAGGUAACCCGCAAAAGAGCUUUGAGGCCGUCGAGCGGCUACGGGCAGCGAACCAGGCCGCGGAGCGGGAAGGCGACGAGAAGCUGGCGCUGACAGACAAGGUGGACGCGCGGAUUGCGGCGUGGCGGGACGGGAAACGGGAUAACCUGCGGGCGUUGCUGGGUAGUCUGGAUAAUGUGCUGUGGGAGGGCAGCGGGUGGAAGAAGGUUGGGUUGCAUGAGCUGGUGGUGGCGAAUAAGGUGAAGAUUGUGUAUAUGAAGGCUAUUGCGAAGACGCAUCCUGAUAAGAUUGCGCAAGACGCGACGACAGAAGUGCGCAUGAUUGCCGGGACGGUGUUUAGCACGCUGAACGAGGCGUGGGACAAAUUCAAGGCGGAGAACAAUAUGUGA